UCGUGACUCCGACCGGCGAGUCCCUCUUAUCUCCCACGUGGCGGCUCGUCUACCGGCAGGUUCUAAUAGCUGCGGGUCCAGGUGUAAUUUCGCCGUUGCGCCAGGGGACCCCGCCGAUUAUCGCGCUUCCCUCCGCUCUGUCCGUUCCAGUCGUUCUCCAAAGUAUCCUCGGUUUAUUAUACGAGACAAGAAAUGAGGAGUGCAACUCGGCGUCACGCCGGAUCCGCGCGAGUCUUCAAUUCUCUCGCGGCAGAAUGGGGAUGAUCGCGUCUCUUCGGAUGCGUCCUGGGUCGUCGGUGCUAUCUCGUCGGCAUUUCUCGCGCGGGAGCGAGGUAAUGACUGUAAUCGAUAACCCUGGGCGAUCGUGUACGCGCACCUGCCGUACCUGUCGUAGUGGUACCGUUUGCACAGGUAAGAAGAUGGCGGUAGAAUGGUGCUAUGGUGGUUGACGGUGCCGGAGCGUUCCUGGGUGGCCGGUCGUUAGUUCGGACGGAACCACCGCGGCCGAUGCGCUGAAACGAACUCGGAUUUUCGCGAGAGGCAGCAAACGCGUCGUCGACGCGGAAUUGUAGCCGAUUGGAUGAGAAUGUUCAAUUAACGUCCCGGUAAUUCGGCGCCGCGCGCGUGACGCUGGUAGACGGUGUUGCGUUGUACUUUGUACGUGAGGUACCGCGAGGAUAUUGAAACUCAUCAGUUUCGAGACGAAACAGACCGAAGUAGUCCACGAACGGUAUUUCCGAGGUGAUGCGAGGACCAUCCGCCGCCUGACGACUCUCCAUCCCCGUCGGUCGGCGAAGUGCUCUCGCAUCGAUUUGAAUCGGGGGCGCUCGUCGCACUGGCACGCUGGCGCGGGUGAUGAGAGACGGCAAAAAUGAGGAUCGACCUAGCGGAAGUUGAAGUAUCGACGGAGGACACCGCCGUCAUCGCCGCCGCCGCCGCGGCGGACAGCAUGGACAGCACGGACGACCACGACGGAGUCGAGGCCGAGCUGACGAGCCUCUCCUGGCUGCAGUCGCUGGACAUCACCAGCGCGUCCGGCCUGCCGACGCCACCCUGCUCGCCGUCACCGCCGCCGCUCGCCCGCCAGCCCCCGAAGAAACUGUCGCCCUUGGUCAAGGCCGAACUAGAUCUCGCGGAAAAUGCAGAGAAGUAUCGAACGGAUCCCGAUGCGAAGCCGCCAUUCUCCUACGCCACUAUCAUUUGCCUCGCGAUGCGCGCCAACAAUAACAAGGUCUCCCUUUCGAACAUCUACGCGUGGAUCCGAGAGAAUUUCCUGUUUUACAAGUACGCCGAUCCGGCCUGGCAGAACUCGAUCCGACACAAUCUCUCGUUGAACAAGUGCUUCGUGAAGCUGCCGCGGUCCAAGGACGAGCCGGGCAAGGGCGGCUUCUGGAAGCUGGACCUCGAGAGGAUGGAGGAAGGCAAACGGUCCAGGCGCCGCUCCGCGAUCUCGCAACGGACGCGCGGCACCAAGAGACAGUCCCCUUCCACGGCGGCCGCGACUACGACGACGACGUCGACGACGAGCACGGUGGCGGCAGCGACGACGACGCUUAACGCCCUUCACACCGGCAGCAGCUGCACGCCGCCCACCAGCUGCCUCUCGAACACCCUGUACGAGACUCCGCCUAGUAGCGUGUCGCCCCCCAUCCCGGACAGUCUGUCGGAGGUGCCGGAGUCGACGCAGGUGAGCCUGAGCGAGGACGACUUCACGAGCCUGCUGAUCGCUGGCUGGGACGAAAAUAAUCAGCUGGAGCUUCUCGACCUCUUGGACACCCUCUAAACUCCCUCUAAGUGCCCCCUCCGCUCCUUCUCUCCCUCUCUCUUUCUCUCUCCCUCCCUCGCAAACGUCUCUCAGGAAUCAUCGGGUUCUUCGUACGGAACGGAAGAGCGUUCUUGUCUCUCUGCAUGUGUCCCACGAUUUCUCCCGUUUCACGAUGGCGAAUCACGGCGCAAUCCCGAUUCUUGGUCCCCGUCAAAAUUCGCGGGUUUCAUUCCGCGUGGUUGCGGUGAAACGUGCGCGAACGACAGUUAAAUAAUUCACGUCCAGGAGCAGGCGGGCGCAAAAGUUCGAUGCGAUCGUGUAUUUGUUACAUAAAAUGGCAGACAUUAAUUUCGUAGUCGAAAUCGCGAUUUAUUUGCGACCGCAGUCGAGGGCGAGAACAGAAGUGCCGUUAGGGAAGAAAGGCCAGAGAGAGAAAAGCGAGUAUGUAUCUUCUUUCUUCUUCCUUAACAGCGAGUUGACAGGCGCAAACGAUACAACGAGUGAUUGCAACGUCGCAAUUUGAAACGCGCUUAGGCAGAUGGUCUUAAAGCUCUUGUUUCCUCAUUGGAACCGCAUUGGACUGUGACGCGAGAAGCGAGAGGCGAAUUCGUGGCACGUGAACCUUUUCCCCCCUUUUCUUUCCUCUUACUUUAUACAUUGAUGUAAAUUAGCUUUCUCGUAUGCUCGGGCGCGAUAUAGAUUCAAGUAAAAAUAUACCGAAAACUCCCCUCCUUUUAUUAUUCUGCAUUAAUUCAACCUCUAACCCAUUAAGUCCUAAAAGGCCCCUACGCGGGGUCUACAUUUCUGCUUUAAAUCCUCGUAACUAGAGUUCUAAUCAAAAUUUGUAAACCGCGAUUGAUUAUAUUUGAGGAUAAAAAGUGGUUAAUACUGUAAAAAAAUCUAGUCGAAGAGGAGUUGAUUGGGACUCAAGUUGCAAGGAUUUAAAACAGAAAAGCGUAGAACUUGAUGGGUUAAUUCAGUCAUGUCUCGAAAAUAAAAUUCAAGACAACUAAUCAAAUUUACAAUUGUUUAAUCAGAAGAAGAGAAUCCUCGAUGCACACGCAUGCACACCAUUUCAUUGAUCUAUACUGUUAAACGUGUGGGGGGGGGGGGUGCAAAAAAAAUUUAUUCUGACGUGCAGUACGUACGUACGCGUGCAUAGUGUGUACAUACGAUUAAUGUGUAACGUGUAAACAUGAAGAAAAGAAGGUUUACACGAGCCCUCGUGCCUGAUGUCCUAGUACAAUAUGGCUGCAGAGAAAAUAGCGGAAUUAUCGCCGUCAGCAAUCGUCGUUACAUAUAACGACUGUAACUGAUGUAUAAUUAAUGCCGAAACGGCUACUGAUGACAGGACAUCGUAAUUUGAAUUGAAGCGUUAUUAUACAUUACGUCGCGAAAUAUUAGCCACAAUCGGCUUUAAACGAAGGGUUAAACGCCCGUACAGCACCACAGCUUGCAGAAACAUUUCAGAAAACAUUGCAAUGUUGCAACGUUCCUGAAAUGUUUCCGAAAGCUUCGGUGCUGUAUGGGCGAUGAGCAAUAUCAGUGCUUUUGAUAUAUUUCAUGGAUUUAAGGAUACAUAUGAGCGACAUCCCUUUCGAUGUAACGAGAGAUACAUUCGUUGUUUCGAUAAAUAUGCAGUUUCCGCAUCGUAUAACGAUUCGUGGUGUUUAUUUGGGCAUUUGUUCUCGCGCCGCAUCUCCAUCCGUAUUUUUCAGCUCGCACCGCAGCCAUUGGUACAUUGCGAUUUUCUUUCCUGAUUUCUUGAUCGUCGAAGUCCCUUUUUGAGUUUCAUUCCUUUGCACCGAUAUUCCUCCUUGCCUGGAGAAUGACCGUGCUCCUUGCGGCAAAACAAUUCACGCAUCGUGCCUUGGAAUAAUUAGAGAGUAUCCCUUGUGUAUUCUUAAGCAAUGCGUUAUACAUAUACAUAUAUACAUAUAUAUGUCUGUGUGUAUAUGUGUAUAUAUAAAAUAAAUGUAUAUAGGUAUAUAGUGAAUACACGGGACGGAAUAUUUUAAUGUAAUAUGGUCAGUUAUUUCCUCAUUUCAAUGUAUCGGUUGUCCCUCAUUUUGCAAUAGAAAGGAAUGGUGUUUCGAUUAAAAAGUUCUGGAGAAAGAUAGUUCAUAUUUUGUGUCAAAGUAAAAUAUGAAAUAUUUUAUAAACUGCGAGUUUUUCAAUGUCUUUAGCACUUUUAUAUACAGAACUAAAAAACUGGUUUACGUAAAAUGUAUUAUUAAAAUUUUUUUAAAAAUUAUAUAAAUUAUGUAAAAUACUCCACAUAAUUAUUGAAAUUUUUGUAAAAAGGUCACGUAAUUAUUUUUACAAAAUUAUCGAUUUGAGAUUUGAUAAAACGCACAAUAUAAAAAAGAUGCGCAAUUAAAUUCUCCCCCUUGAAACUUGAAAAUCUGAAGUUACAAAGUUUGAAGUACUUUUUUCUGAAGUAAGAAAGAAAUGAAAAAUAAUUGAAUUGAUACAUUAAGAUGAAUUACCCGUGAGUACACGUAUAUACGUAUACACACAUUUAUAUACAAUAUACAUAUAUAUACAUGUACGCCAGAUCGAUCGAUUAGCGUAAUGCGUACAAUAUUUUCUAUCGUUGCAUUUAAAUGGCAUAUUCCAGUGUCUCCUGCUUCGAUUUUUACCGCGUAAGAGGAGAAAAUGUGUAACACGCAUUUCAGGAAGAGACAUGCGUCGCAAUCAAUUGCAUGUUCCGAUAAGUUUAAAAAUUUAUACGUUAAAGUAUUAAUAACUUUGUACAUAUCGAGCAGGACACACAGCGCAACUGCAGUUUCUAUUUUAUCAUACCCUGUGUCAUCUCUCCCUUCCUUUCUCUCUCUCCCCCCCCCCUCCCUUCCCUCCCCCCUCUCUCUCUCACACUCUUUCUCUGGACGAAUAGGAAUUAUUAUUACCAUUAUUAAUAAUAUCGUGAUUACGGCGAUGUUUCGUUGUAUGGAACUAUAGUAUAGGUGAAACGUAGAAGUAUGCGUUAGAGUCCUACACUGUUGUACGUGGGGUGUCCCGAGAAAUACCUCUCGGCGAUUGAAAGAAGGAGGCUUGUUCAACGUACCUUUCUUCUCUAAAUCAUGUUGGAAAUGUAUGACAAGACUAAACGAACGCUAAAUAUUAUGUACAAAAUGCCAGCGAUAUAAAUCAGAGCUGGGAUUUAGUUGCAACGUUCGCACCGACUUUCGUGAUUGACUCCGCGGUUUCCCUCUUGCCUCAUGUUUUAAUAGCGAAUCUAUCUCUGAGUGCUCGCAAUUAAAGAGUGGGAGCCGCUUCAACAAGUGCAAUCCAAUCACGAGAUAGAGCUGGUUCGACGGUUGCGGCGAAAUCCUGGAAAUGAAUGAUCGGCAAACGACGAUUGCGAUUCUCAACGUGACAGUGCAUGAUCGAAUUUCUGGGAAUUUCGUUAGUGACGGAAGAGGAUCGAUUAGAAAAAAAAAGAAUGGAA